AUGAGCCGAGUUGGUGCUGCGGCAAUCACUGUUGGGGCACUUGCGGCCCCAGCUUUCUUGGCCCCAAGUUCUUCGAGCCCAGGUUCCCAAUUGCGAGGAGCGCAAGUCUCUCAGCCAGCAGCCAAGACUCAGACUUCGACUGCUGCUGGAGGUGUCCUGGGCGCUGCUGCUGUGACUGCUGUGGCAUCCUUUCUGACUACCAAGCGGCAAUCUGCUCGGGCCGGCGGUUCUGUGUGCUAUGCCUUUGAUCCAAGCAAGCAGGUGGGCGCAACAAAGCCCCUUGGCUUCUUUGACCCGGCAGGCUUCACCAAAGAUAUCGAUGAGAAGGGCUUCAAGAAGCUCCGCUCGAUUGAGUUGAGGCAUGCACGUGGGGCCAUGAUGGGAUCUGUCGGCCUUUUGGUUCAGAGUGUCUACAAGUUCCCCGGCUUUGAGAGUGUCCCAUCAGGCCUUGCUGCUCAGUGGACUGAACCAGGGAGCAAUGCCCUGUGGCUCUUGUUCUGUGCCAUUGGCUGCUUCGAUAUUGGCCUUUCUCCUUGGAAGGAGGACCCUGAGGAUCCCGGAAAUUUUGGUGACCCAUUGAACCUUGCCAAGGGCAACAUCACUGAUGACAUUCGA